CCCGUGUCUCAUUCAUUCCCAGUUCUUCAAGAAUACUCAAUUCAAGCCAGUCUGAAACCCCAUUUUUGCUUUACCGCUACUGCUACUACCAUUCAAACAACAAAAAGCCUACUAAGUCAUGUCUCUUGAAGGAAAAGUUACGUUGAUAACUGGUGGUGGCAAGAACCUUGGUGCAAGCAUCGCAACCAUCUUCGCGGCGGAGGGCUCCCACCUGGCAUUACAUUACAACUCGACAUCGUCCAAAUCGUCUGCAGAGUCACUUGCCCAGCAGCUUUCGUCUCAGUACCCCAAGACCCAGAUCAAGAUAUAUCAAGGCGACCUGACAGUUGCCAGCAAUGUGGAGAAGCUAUUCCAGUCAGUCCUGGCCGACUUUGGGGGAAAGCUAGACAUCGUGAUCAACACGGUAGGCCAGGUACUCAAGAAACCACUGGUUGAGAUCGACGAGGCCGAGUACGACCAGAUGUUCGCCGUCAACAGCAAGUCAGCCUUUUUAGUAACCCAGCAAGCGGCUAAACACGUCAGCGAAGGUGGCAAGAUCAUCAAUACCGUCACAUCUCUCCUGGCGGCAUACACGCCCUUGUAUACCAGCUACCAGGCGUCCAAGGCUCCAGUCGAAUAUUUAACCAAGGGAUUGAGCAAGGAGCUGAUGCCCAAGGGAAUCAGCGUCAACGCCGUGGCACCAGGCCCCAUGGACACGCCUUUCUUCUACGGUCAGGAAUCCCCCGAGGCCGUCGAGUUCCACAAGUCCAACGCCAUCGCUGGUCGCCUCACCUCCGUCGACGACAUUGCCCCAAUCUUCAAGUUUCUCUGUACCGACGGCGCUUGGAUCAAUGGUCAGACUUUGUUUGCGAACGGUGGCUAUACCAGUCGUUAGACAAUGAUACUUUAGCUACUUAAUCCUUGGAGUUUGUUGCUUUGCUGCAUUGGCCUCAGCAUCGCGAGACAUUCAUCCCUGUCCUGGCUGGGUCUCGAUGUGUGUUACGGUUACCGUGCCAGACUUGCCGGAUAAAAGUGAUAAGCCAUCAAGAUUCUGGUUCGAAUUGUAUUUCCUUCGGCUUCGAACUUGUCUGGAAGAUUGUCAUGCAACAUUGUUGUGGUGUGCGUUAUGAGGGUUGGCAACUCCUUUGAUCCCACGUUCAUGCCUACUACAACCAACAUCCUUCUUCACCUUUGGGUCGUCAAUAAGCAAGGACAUAAACAUGGUUGAAAUAUUCCCAUUGAUUCAUAGGAGAGGAGAGGUCUGAAAUCCAAUCAAAACCAGACCAUCGCCGUCCUUUGUCUGCUUGCGGGGAUGACAGAUUCCCCCGUUGUUUUUUUCUCCUUUCUCUUCUUGUUUUUCGAGACUUCUUCAACUGAGAGACUCUCUGCGUGAACAAUGAAUAGAGCCAUCGAUAUAGCAAAUAAUAAACACGUCUUGGCGACUUG